CAGUGACAAAACUCACUUGAUUUCAUGAAAACUCCAUUAUAUCUGAACGCUGCGAGACUCUCACAGUAGUUACAUCAGUGGACUGAAAUAGACAUUCGAUGCUCAACGCCUCCACGUGUAAGUCUUCAAACGAACAAGAACGAUCUGUGUGUGUCACGUGCAUUCUCUUGUCGUGUGUUCGGUCUCCACUUAACCCACGAAUGUUGUUGCAAUUUCCUGUGAAUGGUUUACGUCCUUCGUCAAUGUGAUAAUGAGCCUACAGAGUUUUGCCUUGUAACUACACUUAUUGACGGAUUGUCGCUGGCCGUCCGUAAAAUGGCGAGUGAUCCCGAGCAGUCUCUAAAAUCUCUAUUUGCCAACUUGCCAACGAACAAGAAGAUUGAAUUUCUGGUUUCAUCAGUGCAAACGCUAUCGAACGAACAGUGCGCAGAAAUACAGAAUUCUAUCGAUCGCAUGCUCCGUCGAGACUUUAUCACAAUGUUUUGCGAAUGCUCACAAAUCCACAUUGCCGAGAAGAUUUUGAGCUACUUAGACGCCAGUUCACUUGCAGCUGCUGAGAAAGUCUGUCCAGCAUGGUGCGCGGUGAUUCGUGGAGGUAACCUGUGGCAACGACUCAUACAAAUUCGUGUGCUGAGUGAAGAACUAUGGGACCGUUUGUCGAUUCAACUUGAUUUGAAAAAAUACUUUCACUUCAGCCCAAACAACGUGACAGACCACACACUGGAAGACUAUGAGUUUGGCACAAAAACUACGGGGUUGUCAGAUCUCUCAGAUAUUUUUAGCCGAGACUAUUCGCACCAGCACUCGGAUUUCUAUCGAUCACUGUACUUCGUUAUGUGUCGUCUAGCCGAGCGCAUCCAACAAAACUGGGCCCACAGCCGCUACAACGUCAAACGUAUCACAUGUCACACGGACGGAAGUCGUGGGGUCUACUGCCUCCAGUAUGAUCCAAGAUAUAUUGUUUGUGGAGUUCGUGAUGGCUCAAUCCAGGUCUACAACAAGAUGACAUUGGAAUGCGAGAGAAUUCUCAUUGGUCACUUGGGCUCCGUGCUGUGUUUGCAAUACGAAAACCAACUACUUAUAAGCGGAAGUAGCGACAGCACAGUACGCUUCUGGAGUUUGUUGAGUGGAUUCAAUUUGUACACCAUCAGACACCACAGAUCUGGAGUGCUGAGCUUGCGAUUCAAGGACGGUAUCUUGAUCACAGGUUCUCGGGAUCACACGGUAUGUGUGUGGAAAAUCAGUUCUCCGACGGACGUACUCCUACUGACGUCUCUCCGUGGACAUCGAGCUUCCGUAAUCGCUGUAGAAUUCGACGAUCGCUUCAUUCUUUCAGCCAGUGGGGAUCGACUUGUUCAGGUUUGGGACUUUCAAGCUCAUGAGUUUGUCCGUUCGCUGGUUGGCCACAGGCGCGGCGUCACGUGCCUGCACUACGACAAGGGCAUUGCGAUCACUGGCAGUUCAGAUUUGACAGUGCGUAUUUGGACUGUGGAAACGGGCUUAUGUUUGAGAAUACUUGAAGGUCACAAACACUUGGUACGAUGUCUUCGGUUUGACACGCAACGUAUCGUUUGUGGAUCGUAUGACGGAAAAAUUCGACUAUGGAACCUUCAGGAUGCAAUGGAUCGAAACACCUCGGGUGCACAGCUCUGCGCGAUCACACUGGCCGAACAUAAGAGUCGUGUCUUUCGCCUGCAGUUCGAUUCCCUACAGAUUGUCUCUUCCUCUCUGGAUAAUACGGUUGUAAUCUGGAACUUUUUCACACAGGUAGAUGAUAUCGUUAAUGAAAUCCAAGAACUGGUUGUUCGAACGCGUCCGCGAAGCAUGGCUACAUCAAGUACUGCCUCGAUAGACUCCGACAUCCUGAUAAUCGAACGCACAGUAGAUGAUAUCGUUAAUGAAAUCCAAGAACUGGUUGUUCGAACGCGUCCGCGAAGCAUGGCUACAUCAAGUACUGCCUCGAUAGACUCCGACAUCCUGAUAAUCGAACGCACAGUGACUCCAAGACCAACGCUUGCUCGUCAGUUGGAACCAUAUGAGAUUGAGGCAGAAAUGUCCGCGACGACUUCCGACUUUGACAUGAAAUCGCUGUGAGAUGACUGGCAUGCCAAUUACGGAACUGAGCACAUUCAUUUCAUGGUUCAAGGAAACUCUACAACUCUACAUCCAAGGCAAUGCUAACGUCUGACCUGAUGAUGGUGUAUUGGAAAUUCCACUGAACCUUUAUGAUAAGAAAUUUUUUGCGCUCCUUCAAAGAGAGAUUUAAAACCCUG